UUUCUAGGUGUUGUAAUGGGUAUUGUAGGUAUCGUGAUGGCAUCGAGGAACAUCCGGAGUUUGUACCAACCCGACAAAGUGGCUUUCUUCACCUGGGGUGCUGAUGUUCCUUACCUAGUGACAACUGACGAGGGGAGACCAACCAACAUCCCCGGGGUCACCUUCCAAGACUACUCAAGAGCUACAUCACUGACAUGGAGUGUAGAUGAUGCUGUUCUGGAGUCUGAACUGAAUUCAAACGCCAAUCUUGGUCGCCUGUACGUCAGCAACAUUGAUGGUUUUGAUGUCACGCCGAACGUCCCCUAUGCAUUCGGCGGACGUGGGUUCUCUAUCUGGAAUACACAGUCGAUGGCCCGAACCUGGGAGAGCGGUGACGAGCUGGAGAGAUACAGUCGCCAGUACUUCCCGGAUACAUUCAAUGGUAACUGCGCCACCUUCUCCCAAACCCCAGUGCAGGAGAUGGAUGCUAGAUCAACAUGGAUGGGCCCAGAACUAAAUUCAGUAGCGGUCGGAGACUUCGACGGGCGUUCAGUGAUGGUUCUUGGGAGCGGGAGGAACGGUCUACUCUACGUCUAUGCCCUACAGCCAACAACCAGUACCCCUGUCCCAGAGUUCCAGAGCGUGCACAGAGCCGGGGAAAUAGACGCAACAUGGCAAACUCUGUACGCCAGGGAAGAUAUGGGAGAUGCCAUAAUUUCUGACAUCAAAAUUUCAUCAAGUGGAACCCCCAUAGUAAUCGUGACCUCUGAGGCCAGUGGGAGCAUUGGGGUAUAUACACUUGCUGACGAGGCGUGGCCACCAAGAACACUGGACGACGGUUCUCUGGAAGACUCACAGGAAUAA